AUGCCACCGGAAGAGCUCGAGGCGCUGCUCGCCGCGCCGGCUCUCGCACCACCGCCCGGAGUCACGCCGAAUUUCGACAAUCCUCACAACGGCAAUGGUUAUGCCUGGGGUAUCACCACGGUCUGUAUGAUUGUUGCUACACUAUGUCUAUUCCUACGCUGGUACGUUCGGAUAUGGUUGGACCGGAAAGUGCGUAUCGAGGAUGCGCUUACAAUCUGUGCAUAUGGAGCUUACUGCGGGACGGCCUACGCUGCAUAUGGGAUGAUCUCUACCCCCGGCUACUAUGUCCACACCUGGGACCUUCGUAACAAAGACUUGAUCCGACCACUCUAUCUUAUUUUUGUAUAUGGCUGCUGCUACUCCGCAGUCCUCCCGUUGAUCAAGACAGCUAUCUUGAUGGACUGGUGUCGAGUCUUCGUCAUGGUUGAUCGACCCAAAAGCUUUUUCUGGUGGGGCUGCACGAUAGUAUCAUUCAUUCAGUGCCUGUGGGGUGUUCUAUGCAUCACAUUGCUGAAUACACAAUGUCGCCCGCAUAGGGCGAUCUGGGAAUUUUAUCUUCCGAGCAAAUGCUACUCGCUUCCGGACGUGAUGCUUUGUUCAGCCAGUGUGCAGGUAAUCUCUGACGUGACCAUGUUCUUGCUACCCCAAAAAAUGAUCUGGGGCCUACAAAUGAGCUGGCAGAAAAAGAUGGGUAUUUCGGUUAUUUUUGGAGUUGGUAUCCUCGCGUCUAUCGCAGCAUGUUUCCGUCUAGCCCACACAGCCAACUUUGCCAAAUCAACCGACCAGAUGUACUUUAUCGGACCUCUCCUAUUCUGGGCCUGCGCCGAGAUGACUUGUGGUUUCUUCAUCUUCAGCGUACCCUGUCUAUCGAAGCUAGCCAUGGAAUCUGGGCUGCGUAGAAGGCUGUCGAGCGUUCUCGACCUCAGUGACAAGUCGGUCAGCGUCCCUUCAGAUCAGGGUUCCAAACCACAAGGAGGGUCGCACCCUAGACUUAAGCCUUGGAGUAUCUCAGACACCACCUAUUCGAAGAUCGAGGAGGGUAAUAUCAUACCGUUGACAAAUGUGUCGUGGCCACAGGGAAACCUAUGUGAGGAGUCCCACUCGAACGAUGGAAAUAACACUAUGCAAGUGAUUCGCACGAUGGAUGUCAGUUCUGCUGACCCAAAUUCUAGCUUUCAACUGAAGGAUCACCGCAUUCCUUGGGUAUCUUAG